UGAAUGACGGAAAUCGGUGAGUGUUUACGAAUAAUGGUUGUCAACGUGGUAAAGUGAAUUUUAUCGCGAUUGUGACGUCGCGAUUCAACGUCUCUCGAAUCUCGUACAAAGAUAUCUCUCUAGUGACGCGCCGGUUCGGUGAUUCCUUCCGAGAAUCUAGUGAGAAUUUUUGGUGCGUCUUUCACGAACUCUGCGAAGUUGAUCGAAUAUAUAUUCGCGUGAAUGUCGUCAUGGCGUUUGGCGCCAUCUUACAAGUUACAUUCCUGGCCGCAAAGUUCGUCUGUUGACUCCGGUGGUGUUUAUUCGCGCUCGGUCCGAUUCGCUUUCUCUCUCUCUCUCUCCCUUUCUCUCUCGCACGUACGUACAACGCCGGCGUUUGCUCCCUCCUUCUCGCUCUAUCGGACGAAAGAAAGAGAGAGAGAGAGAGAGAGAGCGAGAGCGGGAGAGCGCGUGCGCGCGCGGGCGGGCGCACUCGCGGGGUCGCUUGUGUUUGGAACGUCGUGAACUUUUCUGCAAUGUGACGACGCGGGGGAUGAAUGGUUAUUAGCGUCAUGUCGCAGCAGUGCACGCGUCUUGGAGCGAAUGCGCGAUCGAAGCGCGAACGAGCGCCGGCCGAGGCGUCCUAAGUCGGCGACACGCGCGUCAACGGAUCGACGAACGUUGGAAAAAUGCCGGCGACGCGACCGCCGCGCGACAGGCCCUUGUUGUUGUUGCUAUCGCUAUCGCUAUACCGAGACGGAUUCGCGACCGUGCGCGGUGGUGUGUCGCGACCAACGAACGACGUCGCCACGGACUCGUGAAGGGUGCCCGGACGUUGGUGUGCCUUCGCCGCGAGCCGGCUGGACGUCGCGCGUCGUCUCGCUCACUGCGUCUAGGUUAGGUGUACCGGCACAUAACCUUAAAGCUCGAGCUGGUACCAGAGGACCAGAGCAUCGCGCGUUGCUAUCCGCGGGAUUAUUGUUCGUGGGAAACGAUCGAAACGAGUUCGUACAUCGUCGACUGAGUUACGUAUUGGUUAUCUACGCAUUGGGUGAUCGGUGAGAUGGAAUGAACUGGGUGACCACGGGACAAUGAAGGCCAAUGGGACAAACAAUGGCUGUAGCCGCCUGAAUACGCCAUUGGCAGCCACCACCACGCUGGAGGAUCCGGGUACGCCAGCCUCCUGGAAGGGCCCGCCGCCCGGCUCAGAGGCAUCGCCCUUUACGCCCAAUUCCGUCAGUCAGGGCGGUGGUCCUGGCUCGGGUCCGUACAACAACACGGGCGGUCCAUCCAGUAAUGCGGGCUUCCAAGGGCCAAGUCCGUUUCCCGGCAGUGCCGGUAGUCCGGCCGGUGCACCGCCGUACCAAGGUCCGCCACCUGGUUCGGCGACUCCGCAAUACACCGCCUCCCCCGCGCCGAGCGGUUCCUCGACGCCCGGUCCCGGACCGCCCCCUAACUCCACCGGUUUUCCGCCACCCCCGAAUAACACCGGCCCGCCGUACAACGGGCCCGGGCCCAGCCCGUUCGGUUCGCCCUCUGGCGCGCCGCCGCAAUUCGUCGGUCGACCAGGCUCCUCGGGACCACCGUUUGUACCACCGGGUGCCGGCAAUCCGCACUUCCCCUCGCAUGGCCAGCCGUUUGGAGGACCGCAAUAUGGCAUACCACCUGGAAGUCCAUUCGGACCGGGAGGUCAUCCUAUGGCGGGACCCAUGGGUCCUGGACACCCAGCGAUAAUGGGACCUGGCGGACCUGUUGAUAGAUUGGAUCAAGGAUCGUUGCCUGUCCCCAGGAGGCAUACUCCAGCCUAUGGCUACAGCCAGCCGGACUACAGGCUCCACGAGCUGAACAAGAGGUUAUCGCAGCGCACCGAGGAAAGUGACAACCUUUGGUGGGAGGCCUUCGCGAACGAGUUUUUCGAGGAGGACGCCACCCUUACCCUUCACGUCUGCUUGGAAGACGGACCGAAGAGAUACUCGAUAGGAAGGACGUUAAUACCUAGGUACUUCCGCUCGAUAUUCGACGGUGGUGUUAUAGAACUUUAUUAUACUUUGAAGAAUCAGAAGGAGUCGUUUCAUAACACCAGUAUAACCCUGGACUGUGAUCAGUGCACAAUGGUCACGCAAUAUGGGAAACCGAUGUACACUAAGGUAUUAACGGAGGGUAGGUUAAUAUUGGAGUUCACCUUCGACGACCUCAUGAGGAUAAAGUCGUGGCACAUGUCGGUGAGAACGCAUCGAGAACUGGUGCCGAGAUCUGUUGUCAGUAUGCAGCAGGACCCGACGAUGCUCGAGCAAAUCAGCAAAAACAUCACCAGGCAGGGCAUGUCGAACUUCACCCUCAAUUACCUUAGAUUAUGCGUGAUUCUGGAGCCCAUGCAGGAACUGAUGUCGAGGCACAAGGCGUAUGCAUUGUCACCUCGCGAUUGCUUGAAGACAACCUUGUUCCAGAAAUGGCAGAGGAUAGUUGCCCCGCCGGGUAAGAGAGAAUCCCAGCGGCCAGCUAGCAAAAGAAGAAAGCGAAAGGGCAGUACAUCGGGACCGGGCAACAACGCGCCACCCGCCCCCAGCAAAAAGCGUUCGCCAGGGCCAAAUUUUUCUCUAGCGUCGCAGGAUGUGAUGGUCGUGGGUGAGCCAUCUUUGAUGGGUGGCGAGUUUGGAGAUGAGGAUGAACGAUUAAUAACGAGGCUGGAGAACACGCAAUAUGAUGCUGCGAAUAAUUUGGAUCCUCAUAGUCACGACGCGGCCGGCGGGCCACCGCCACAUCCCCAUCAAUUCCAUUCGGAACCGACACCUGGUAAUUCCUGGCCGCCAGAUCGUGGUCCUGGUCCUCCACAAGGUGGUCCUGGUAGCCAGGGAGUCCAAGGUGGUCAAGCGGGUGCAGCCGCGGGUGUACAGGGAACACAGGACGCCAGUCAGCAGCAGCAAGACAAAAAGAGCCCCGCGGUGAGCCAGUGAGGCCAGGAGUCCCCGCGCCCCCCCACCAGGGGGCGACGGGGGCGCAGGCCCAAGAACGUGGCUCCCUAGCGGGGCGAGAAUCCUAGCCUCCCCACUGCCGCCGCUUAUCUGGCUUCUGCGGCCGGCUCCACGGCUGGCA